UGUCGCGCAUCGAAUUGAGGGUUUCCACGAAUACGACAAGGGAGGAUCACGGAGCAGGACCAAAGAAAGAAAGGAAGAAGGAAAGAAGGAAAAACCAACCCAAACACAAUGGUGGCACCCAACGUCCUCAAGCUCUGCUGGGCAAGCUUGCUGCUUGCGCCUCUGGCCGCGGCGUCCGAGACGGAAAUACCAGCACCUACCGGCGUCCCUAAGCCUAACCUUCGUCCUGAGGGCGCCGAGCCCCAACCCGAAGUCGAGCCCUGGUCUGCUUAUGAGCAUGUCAACGCCGAAGAGUUCAACAAGGCCCUGAAGGAGAGAGAUUAUAACCUUGUCGCAUUCACUGAUAAAUCGAUAUGGGAAAGCGAAGCACUCGAAUGGCAAUGGCCCUACGUCAAGGACCAGCUUCCCGAGCGCUACCUCUCCGUCGACUGCACCGCCGAGAAUGAUCUCUGCCUGGAGCACGAUGUCCGGACCUACCCCAGCGUCAGGCUGUACCGCAACGGAGCCCUCUUUUCCCGGUACCGCGGGCCCCGGAUGGGAGAUGAAAUCGUCAAAUUCGUCCGCCGCUCCAUCCGCCCCAUCGUCGGCAGCCUCGACUCGACCACGCUCCGCACCUUCCCCGAGUCCGACGACGUCGUCUUCAUCCUGCACCUGCGGCCCGAGGACGCCAACCGGGGCCUGUACAAGCGCUUCCACGACCUGGCCGUCGAGUACGGCGACCGCUACAGCUUCGCCAUCGUCGGGCGGGACAAGGACAACUCGGCCGAGGAGGAGGGCGAGGGCGCGCCCACCGUGCUGCGCUGCUACAACAACCGCGACAAGCGACAAGCCGAGUUUGACGCCUUUUUCGACUCGGUCGAGGGCUUUGCGCAGUUUGUGAAGAGGUGCGGCGAGAGGUUGGUCAAGACGAUGACCAUGCCGAAUGCGCAGGGCUUUGUGGAGAGCAAAACCCGCGCCGUGCUCUACUACUUCGACGCCGACCAGAACGCCCGCGCCAGGUUCGCCGAAGACAUCCUCGACACCGCCAAGCAGUACGAGAACCAGCUCGACAUCGUCGUCUCCAACCCGCUCCAGUUCGGCGACAUCGUCACCGAGGUCGGCCUGCCCAACGAGCACUUCCCCGCCAUGGCGCUCCAGAACCCGGCCACCAUGCAGAUCAUGCUCUUCACCAAGAAGGAAAUGGACCUCGAGACCAUCAUCCGCUUCAUCAGCGAGGGGCUGUCGGGCGGCGCGCCCAGGGGGCAGGUGGGCGAGGUCGCCUUUGACGAGGAGGGGAAUCCCGUGUUUGUCGGAGGGGGUGGACAGCCGGAGGGCCAGGAGGGUCAGGAGGGUCAGGAGGGUCAGGAGGGUCAGGAGGGUCAGGAGGGACAGCAGGAACAGGCUGCGGCUCACGAUGAGCUCUAAGCGAGUGUAAGUUUCUGUUUUUUUUUGCAGUUGUCAUCUUCGCCUUCAGGGGGACAGGUAUCAAGAUGCUUUCUCGACAUCAGAAGGACUGGACGUAUCACUGGCAUACGGUCGAGGGAUAGAUUGAUGGAGUGAAUGUGUAGUAGGGUAAGAUUAAGGUCGGCCGCGAAUGA